UUAAAUCGUUAACUGUUAAGCAGCAUAAGCCGCACUUCUUAAAGAGUUAAUAAUUGAUGGAAAUAACAUCUUACUUAAUGGGAUAGCCAGAUUGUUGUCGACUUCGCCAAAGUGCACGGAGCAAAGGUUAUGCUUUUGGAGAUCGACAAACAAGCCACUAUAAAUAAACGUAAUAGGCGGACCGAUUCGAAUCGAUCGAAGUCGGUUCCUAUAAAAUAAAUAAACCGAUCGCCGGCUCUGUCCGACUUCCUGGGACAAUGGGAAACUUCAGAUAAGGAAGUUGCCUCCACCAUUAUUACCCUAACCAACCGGUUUCAUACAUAGGGUACAGCGUGGAGAACAAAAACUUCCUGUAUUUAGCUCAGUACACACCUUGAAGAGGCAUGGCAAGAAUGGCUGAUCUUCCUCGUAACGGGAGCCUAACAUUUCAAACAAGCCAGGACCACUCGAAAAGUACCACUUCGAAAAAUGGAUUCCACAGGAGCUGUCAGGAGAAUGGAAUAUCAAAUGGAGUCCACCACAGAUCGAGGGUCACUGAGGGCUUUGAACAGCCCCCAAUGUACGUCGCUGUCUUCACAUACCUGGGGUUCGGAAUCGUGACCCUCUUCGGCUAUCUUCGGGACUUCAUGAGAGCAGUCGGCCUCGAGAAAUGUCACGUUGCCCAAGAAAGGGAAGAGCAGAAGGUCAGCUGGAUAAGUCGGCCCACUGGGUAGCCCAUCUCCCUGGCGGAUUUCGCGAAGACUUUGUUCCUCUUUAUCAAGACUUUGAAAACUUCUACACACGGAACCUGUACAUGAGGGUUCGGGACAACUGGAACCGUCCCAUAUGCAGCCUGCCAGGCCCAGAAUUCGAUCUGAUGGAGAGGGUCACGGAUGACUAUAACUGGACCUUCAGGCUUACCGGAAAAACGAUACAUGGUGUCAUCAACAUGGGUUCCUACAACUAUUUGGGCUUUGCAGAGAACAACGCCGACUUCCUGAAAACGGUGGCAGAGACCACUAUGGAUUAUGGGCUUGGGGUCUGCAGCACCCGUCAGGAAAUGGGUAACAUGGACAUCCACCAGGAACUGGAGGAGCUCGUGGCCAUGUUCCUUGGGACCGAGUCCGCAGUGAGCUUCGGAAUGGGCUUUGCCACCAACUCCAUGAACAUCCCAGCAUUAGUGAGCAAGGGCUGUCUGAUCCUGAGUGACGAGCUGAACCACACUUCCCUCAUACUGGGGUCCAGGCUGUCGGGGGCCACAAUCCGCGUUUUCAAGCACAACAACAUGCAGAGUCUGGAGAAGAUGCUGAAGGAGGCUGUCACCAAUGGACAGUCACGCACCCACCGGCCCUGGAAGAAGAUCCUCAUCGUAGUAGAAGGAGUCUACAGCAUGGAGGGCUCCAUCGUACGCCUGGCAGAGAUCGUGGCCCUCAAGAAGAAGUACAAGGCCUACCUGUACCUGGAUGAGGCCCACAGCAUCGGAGCCGUGGGCCCAACGGGCCGCGGGGUCACCGAGCACUUUGGCGUGGACCCGUCCGACGUCGACGUCAUGAUGGGCACCUUCACCAAGAGCUUUGGAGCCGCGGGCGGCUACAUCGCAGGAAAAAAGGAGCUGGUGGACUACCUACGGACGUACUCCCACAGCGCGGUCUAUGCCUCUGCCAUGUCCCCACCCGUGGCCAGGCAGAUCAUCAGGGCGAUGAAGUGCAUUAUGGGACAGGACGGAACCACAGUGGGUAUCGAGAGGCUCCGUCAGCUGGGAGAGAACACCAGGUACUUCCGGCGCCGGCUGCAGGAGAUGGGAUUCAUCAUCUAUGGGUCUCGCGACUCCCCCGUGGUGCCACUGCUGGUCUACAUGCCGGGGAAAGUCGGGGCCUUCUCCCGCGCUAUGCUGGAGCGCAAGAUCGGCGUGGUGGUGGUAGGCUUCCCAGCUACGCCCAUCACAGAGGCACGCGCCCGCUUCUGCGUCUCCUCCUCCCACACGCGGGAAAUGCUGGACAAGGUGCUACACGCUCUGGAUGAGUUAGGCGACUACCUGGGCAUCAAGUUCUCCCGUCGCAGGUACAUCGACGAGCUGGACAGCUGAUGGCAAACCAGUGCGGGCACGUCCCCCCUGUGUGACCCAUGUGACUGCCAGCCAGCCCCACGCUCACGGACAGAGGCGGAUCACCAUCUCCUGUGGCGUUUACGUCCGCGGCCAGAUGCCCCAAGUCACGAAACAAAAACAUGCACAUUUUACACAGCACAUUACAGCUAUUUCAAUGUCUCUUCUUUAAUUCCUGCAUUCAGAUCUGCUCUAUGGGGGCCAAAGAGAAUGGGAGAAAUGGUUUGUGAGCAAGAUCAAAGCACUGCAUGAAAGACCUGUUUAAAGCCCAGCGUGCCUCACAGCUGACCUGGAUCAAAUCAAAUGCUUGACCCGUCCGCCAAUUGCUGAUUACAAAACCCUUGAAGCAGAGAUUUUUUAAAAAAAUUAUAAUUGUUUUUAUUGGAGGGUUUCCUCUCCUUAUGAUCAAGACCACCGUCAUGUACCGCGUCGUAACUUGAGCUGAAAAAGUGCGUGCGUGGGGGGGAUGUGGGAGGGGUGAGACUGCAUUUAAAUGUGGACCGUCGGCAGAUAGGGAUCUGGUCAAGGCGGAUUACAGAGAAUUACAUCUGAUCUCACUUGAGGUGCACGCUAAACAAUUUACAGAUUUCUACCUGCAGGUCCUGAAUUUCAGUUCAGGUUUGGGUGAUGUUGCCUUGGACCAUUUUGGAGACACUCAGGAAAACAGCACAUGAUGCCUUACAAUCACAUUAUUCUUCUGCUAUGUAAAUAAAUAUUAUAUCAACUUA